UCUACCAACACCGGGAAUGUCACGAAUCAGAAACCUCCAAACGACGCGAGUUUCUGCUGAUUAUAUCUGUGUGAUUUAUUCAGAGGAGGUGAAAAACUAGCAUACCUUGAGGUAAAAUUGUCUAGUUUGUGUCUCGUUGCUGUAAACUGCGUACAACAAUCCUGAUCUUUUGCGUCUCCGCUGGGAAAAUGAAGUUGCUUCAGGUGCUCGUAGCAGCCAAUGGACAUUUUAACAACAUCGUCGUCUCUGAGCUCACAAACGUCUGCCAACCCAAUGCUUCCCUUCAGUUCACUUCGGUCCCAGUUUAAAGAUACUGACAUGGACUAUGAGAGGCCUAAUGUCGAGACCAUUAAAUGUGUAGUGGUGGGCGACAAUGCCGUGGGCAAAACGCGACUGAUCUGUGCCCGAGCAUGCAACGCCACUCUAACACAGUACCAGCUGCUCGCCACGCAUGUGCCUACUGUCUGGGCCAUUGACCAGUACAGAGUAUGCCAAGAGGUUCUGGAGCGCUCUAGAGAUGUAGUGGAUGAUGUAAGCGUGUCUCUUCGGUUAUGGGACACCUUUGGAGAUCACCACAAAGACCGCCGAUUUGCAUAUGGCAGGUCAGACGUGGUGGUCCUGUGCUUCUCCAUCGCCAACCCCAAUUCUCUGUUUCAUGUGAAGACAAUGUGGUACCCAGAGAUCAAGCACUUCUGCCCUCGUGCCCCAGUCAUCCUGGUUGGAUGCCAGUUAGACCUGCGCUAUGCUGACUUAGAGGCUGUUAACAGGGCUCGGAGACCUCUUGCAAGACCCAUCAAAGCCAAUGAGAUUCUUCCUCCUGAGAAGGGUCGAGAGGUGGCCAAAGAGCUGGGCGUACUGUACUACGAGACCAGCGUAGUGGCUCAGUUUGGAGUUAAGGACGUGUUUGACAACGCCAUCCGUGCUGCACUCAUCUCACGGCGCCACCUACAGUUCUGGAAGUCUCACUUACGGGACGUCCAAAGGCCCCUCUUGCAGGUGCCUUUUCUGCCUCCCAAGCCUCCCCCACCCAUCAUAACCAUCCCGGCACCCCCCUCCACCACCGAGGAGCCCCCGGGCCGGUUGCUGGAGGAGCCACUAUGUGCUGAUGUGGUUCUGGUCCUCCAAGAGCACCAGAGGGUCUUUGCUCAUAAGGUCUACCUUGCAACAGCCUCCUCUAAAUUCUAUGACCUUUUCCUCCAGGAUGUGAAAGCUGAGGCAAAAGGCAGGCAACCUCCGGGACACAAGCCCCCUGCUCGGGCAGCCAGCUUUGAUAUGUGUGAGAGCAGCGAUGAAGAUAGCAUUGGGAUUGGGACUGACUCAGAUGGGAUCCUGGAGAGCGGUCGUGGAGGAAGGCUGUUGUGUUCAUUGGGGCGUGCUUUCGUAAGCAUCAAUAGAGAAACGGUGCAAGACCCCGUUGCGUUCAUUUCUCGGCCGAUGACGGUGGUACAUAUGGACCCUUCGGUGUCGCUUGGGCCGUUUUGCGUGGUGAUGCGUUACCUGUACACAGGACAGUUGGACGAACAUGAGAAGGAUCUGAUGCAUAUCGCUCAUAUAGCUGAGCUGCUGGAGGUGUUUGAUCUACGCAUGAUGGUCGCCAACAUCCUCAACAAUGAGGCCUUCAUGAAUCAGGAGAUCACAAAGGCUUUCCACGUGCGACGGACCAAUCGGAUGAAGGAAUGCCUGGCUAAAGGAACAUUCUCAGAUGUGGUGUUUAAACUGGAUGAUGGCACCGUUCAAGCUCACAAACCACUGCUUAUUUCAAGCUGUGAUUGGAUGGCAGCCAUGUUUGGUGGGCCAUUUGUCGAAAGCUGUACUAAAGAGGUGUUGUUCCCGAACACAACCCGUAGUAGUAUGCAGGCAGUGCUGGAAUAUCUCUACACGGGACGCUUCUGUUCUAGACCUGACCUGGAUGCCAUGGAGCUCAUUAUUUUGGCCAAUCGCCUCUGCCUGCCUCACCUGGUUGCCCUCACAGAGCUUCAUACUGUUACGGUUCUGAAGGAGGCAUCUGCCACUGGCACAGACAUAGAUGGAGAUGUGCUAGUAUAUCUGGAAAUGGCUCAGUUCCACUGUGCCUACCAGCUCACUGACUGGUGCCUUCACCACAUCUGCACCAACUACAACAACGUGUGCCGCAAAUUCCCCAGGGAUAUGAGGGCCAAAUCAGCAGAGAACCAAGAAUAUUUUGAGAAGAACCGCUGGCCACCAGUUUGGUAUCUAAAAGAAGAUGACCACUAUCAGAGAGCACGCAAAGAACGAGAAAAGGAGGACUACUUGUCCCAGAAGCGGCAGAGCAAGCGUAAAUGGGUGCUCUGGAACAUUCCGCCCUCACCAUCAAACCCCUCCUCCUCUUCCUCCUCCCCCUCAGGUUCUUCAGCUAUCAUCUGAAGGGAUGUGAGAGUGAAGACUUCAAGAUGGAGAAACUUUAAUGUGCAGUCUUGCACCUUUUUCAACGAAUCCUGCUUUUUCCAAAGGGUUGACAUCUCAACUGGUAUUAGAUCAGAGUUUAUCAACCCUGUUUUGAUGUUCUUGGUGCUUGAAGUGCUACACUUGAAAGUGUACAGGCAUCACAUACAUAGGACAUGGGUGCCAAACAGAUCUAGAUUUUGAUGUUAAAUGUUUACCGAUUGCAAGUAGGUAGUCUUGUAAACUUUCUGCUUGUUUUGAAGUAGGCAUUUCGGGGUCAGAUACCUCCAUGAUGUUGAAGAAACUCUUAGCGUACUGUAUAUUAGUUGUCUGUUUCUGUGGAUCUCAACUGGUUUUGCUUCAGGACCUAGAUUUUAUAUUUGACAUCAAGUAGCAAGCCAACACAGUAGCAGAAUUGUUGUACAAAAUGUCAUUUAAAUGGUUUCAUGCUCUUGGCACCAAAUAAUUCACCACACAAAAUACAUUUUGGCAUGUCAUGCAACCUGUCCAUGUUGGCGUCUACCUACUUCAACUAGCGCCAAAAUACUAGAGUUUGAUAGGACGCAUGUCUCUGACCUCAUCAGCAAACAGUUGAUUUUCUCCUUCCAUUAUAAAGUGUAAAUAUGUUGCUUUCCUAAUUUGGUUUUAUUUUUUUAAUUAGUUGCAGUUUAUUAUUUGCAUUUAGCAUAGUUUUUUUCCCUACUUACUGCGACCCUAUCAAAACAAGCCUGCGACCAAGCAGUUGAGAACCUCUGAUCUAUGUUGCAUUAAAAGCCGUUUGGCCUAAAGCAAUCGAGAAAGCAGAACUGUGGUACACUGAAUUCAUUGAAAACCUCAUAUCUCAAGAAUACAGUCACCCCAAGAAAAAAAUUGUCAUUUUUGUAAAAAAUUCCUGUGCAAUUUAUUGUUAAUUUUUAGCAUUGUUCCUACAAUGAUUCUUUGUGAUUCAUCCCCUGAAUCAUAUCAUAUAUUCUCCUGAUUGUAACAGGCAUGACCACCAUGUGAUCACUGGACUCUAGAGUUGAAAUUUAUUGGAAAAUAUUAUAUUUCAUUAACUACUUAAUUGUGCCUAGUCCUCUUAUUUUAAGACGUCAUGGCAUGGCAAAACUCUGCUGGCAGAGUUUUUGUGUGUGUGUGUGUGUUUAUUUCUCACUAGAUGAUCAUCAAGCUAUUUUACUACAUCAUAGUUUGGACAUCAAAAGGAGUGACAAAACGUUUACAUAUUUACACAGUAAAAGGCAACAAAAGUUUCCUUGAAUUCCAUUUUACUACCAAGGAGAUUCCAUGUGAUAACGUUUCUUAAAUUUUAUGUGAGGAAUCUAGUGUGUUCAGAAUCAGAUUAACUGUCGGCAGGGUUGGGGAGUAACGGAAUACAUGUAACGGGAUUACGUAUUUAAAACACAAAAUAUAAGUAACUGUAUUCCACUACAGUUACAAUUUAAAUCAUUGUAAUUAGAAUACAGUUACAUUCAAAAAGUAUUUUGAUUACUGAAGAGAUUACUUUGCAUUUUAUUUUCAUUUGUUUAAUUUAAUAUUUAGUUCUUUCAGAUGGAAAACAUUUAUACAUAUAAAUGAUGCGAUCCAAAGUGCAUUUGAACAGCAGUGAAACACUUUCUUAUGAUGUGUUACAUUCAUACGAGCAGACAAAGAAGUAAGUUUGAAGUAAGUUUGGAGCAGAAGAAAUAGAAAUAAACCUUGUGUAAAUUGUCAGCUUUACACUAAGCUAAAAUACUAUUUCAAGACAUUUUACAUGCACGUUACCAGAUACGAUCAUAUUUUUUAUCAAGAAAAUUCACGUUGGAUCAUAAUUUCUUUUUUCUAGUAAGACCUUUGAUAUUAGGGCAAAAAUCAUAUUCUUGAUGAUAAUUUUUUUAUUGUUUUCCUGUAAAAAUAUCUAAAAAUCCUUAAAACAAGAUCAGUUUGAUUGAUCUUGUUUUAGAAACAACACUGCAUAAGAUAUUUAUGUUUUUCAGAGAAUGUAUUUUUAACAUGUGUAUUUUGUCUUACUGUACUGGCAGAGUUUUUAUAGUCAAAACAAGUGAAAAAAUCUACCAGUGCUGAAGAAGUAAUCCAAAGUAUUUAGAAUACAUUACUGAUCUUGAGUAAUCUAACAGAAUACGUUACAAAUUACAUUUUACAGCAUGUAUUCUGUAAUCUGUAGUGGAAUACAUUUAAAAAGUAACCCUCCCAACCCUGACUGUCGUGAUAGAUGUUGUGAUAAUCCUGUAUACCGUCUGUCAGUAUGUUCCACCUGUGUUUUAAUUGUCUUUUGAAAUGUAAUGUACUGAAUACAUAAUAUCUUACAAUCAACGGUUUCUCUAA